UGUCCCACGAUAGAUGUUUAACGACCCGUGUGUAGUCUAGGCGUGGCCUUGUCCGGAUUUUGUGCAAACGGGCGCACUUAGCUGUACACAGCGGGCGGAGAACACACCAGUCUGACUAAGUUGGGAACACACCGGUUCAAACUCGUCAAGCCAAAACCUACAACAUGAAGCUUCUGGUCGUGGCCGUGAUCCUGAGUUUCGCCGCAUACGCAGCGAGUCAGGAGAUGGUGAAUUGUUUUACGUGUAAAGCGGGUGUUGGUGACUCCAUCCUGGGCGGUAUAACUGGGAAUAACCCAUGUCUCAGGGGCGCGAACGAUGCCAACUCCACUGUGCAGACCAUCACGUGUGCAAAAACGGCUAAGUGCUACACCAAGAUCCGGACAAUUGCGAAGUACGCCUACAGCAUCGAGCGGGGCUGCUGGACCAACUAUGACGACAAGGGAGACGACAACAACUGCGACGAGGCACAGAAGAGUUCCUGUAACUCAUUUCCCUACACCAACACCUGCUUCAAAUGCUGCAACACCAACAAGUGUAACGCGAACUUCGCGCAGCUCGAUGGAGUGAAAAACGGAGUGACCGGGACUCACAUCUUUUCUGUGCUGGCCCUGCUACCAGUCGCUGUCGCCAUGUUUCUCUAAAGCUUGAGUCCCCAUAAGACUCCUUGGAAUGCUAGAAAUUCCUAGAAAGUGUUUGAAUAGGGUGAACAAUGUGCCAGCGAAGUUAGACUGCGUACAGUUCCACACCAAAGGUUGCCAAUGUGUUGCCAAUGGCUGACUUCUCUGGCAAGAAAGUUUCCCCAUUUGACCAGUUUCUAAGAAUUUUCAGUCAACUUCCAAGACAGUAACUUCACACAUAAGCGCAGCUAGAGCAUCGGCGAAAUUCCAAGACAAUCUUAAAACUUUAUACACCAGCUUAAAUGAAAUAAUGAAUACGCAGUUCACCCCCGUACCGCUAUGUGGCUCGCUUUCUAGUGAAGCAUGUUCUUUGGGAGAUCUUCGGAUUGUUGAACAGGGCAUGUGGAAGAUUUCAGUCUACUAUAGCGACGGUACAGUGACACUGCACUGCUAGCAUGCUAGCCCCCACCAGGCCUGCACAAGGGAUUAUGGACAGUAAAAUUCGGCAAAUAUAAUGGGAAUAAUUGGCCAGAAGAGCCAGCCUGAAGCGUAUACUAAAGUUACCCUACAGUGUGCAAAGUUCAAUGGCAAAUUAUUCCCCCUAUUUAGCUAAAUUUUACUGUUUUGAUCCCGCGUUGCUAGUCUGGUUGAGAUUACUGAAUUAUGAGCUCAAUAAUGUCGCUAUAACAACGUGUUGCCGUGAAAUUGCCUACACUGUGCACACGACCAUGAUGUUGUUAAUGCUUUGAUCAAAAACGCUUGAAUUUGCCAUGGGGAAUAAAAUGGUUACACAGA